AGCACUCAAGUCUAAGGGAGACCAUGAGCGCCCCGUUCAGCAAAGGACCCACAUUCGGACUCUCUGCUGAUGUCAGGAAUAAGCUGGCACAGAAAUAUGACCCUCAGACAGAGGAGGACCUGAGGAUGUGGGUCCAGGAGGUCACUGGACGAACACUUGCUGAUAACUUCAUGGCGGGGCUGAAGGACGGUGUGAUUCUGUGCGAGCUGAUCAACAAACUGCAACCCGGAUCCGUCCCAAAGGUCAAUCAUUCAAUCCUAAACUGGCACAAGUUGGAAAAUAUCACUCACUUUGUGAGAGCCAUUGGUGAAUACGGACUGAAACCACAUGAUAUUUUUGAGGCCAAUGAUCUUUUUGAGGACAUGAACCACACUCAGGUUCAGUGCACCCUCGUCGCCUUGGCUGGACUGGCCAAGACUAAAGGCUUCUACACAAAAAGUGACAUCGGUGUGAAGUACGCAGCAAAAAAGCAGAGGAAAUUCAACCCUGACAAGAUGAAAGCAGGGAAAUCCAUCAUCAGCCAGCAGAUGGGCUCCAAUAAAUUUGCCAGCCAAAAGGGCAUGACCUCCUACGGGACCAGACGCCAUCUUUAUGAACCGAAAAUUGGCAUGGAGAAACCAGCGGAUCGAUCCACCAUAAACCUGCAAAUGGGCACCAACAAAUGUGCCAGCAUGGCUGGCAUGUUUGCUCUUGGCACGGCGAGGCAGGUGACUGAGAAGAACGUCAAUCUGGAUCCGCUGGACACCACAACAGUGUCUCUGCAGAUGGGAACCAAUAAAGUCCCGUCCCAGAGCGGCCUCACUCCAAUGGGAGGCGCACGUCUAGUGUAUGACCGCAAAUACUGUGUCAAGGCUAAUGAGCAAGAUGGCAUCAAUCUUAAUGUUUAAUACACGUACACUCUGGUAUUCAGCAUUGGUACACUCAAUAAUAUCUGUUAAUUGACAGUUUCCAUAUUUUGGGAUUCACACGUGUUUAUUUAUAAUUGUGAAUUGCAUUAUGGGAUGUUAAUCUCUGCUCUGUCGAUUUUUGAUGUUGAAAAUUCAACUCUACACUUUAACAAAGUGACUUUUGUUGAUGUUUUAGUAGUUUGAAAUAAUAUAAUGAAUAAGUAAUAAUAUAGAAAGAAAUAAGUCUGUAAAAUAGCAGACUGGCAGUUCAUUACAAGGUUUUGUAGCCAAAUAUACAACACCAACCCAGACGAUAUAUCACUUUAAAUUAAUAAAAGUGUUCAUAAAGUCACUUUUUCAAACUUUUCAGUGUUAAAAGUUGUUGGAAGAAAGAUCAAGCUCCCAUAAUGCAAUUUAAAUACAAAAAUAAAUGGGGAAAAAUAAAAACCUAAAUCACAAAAUAUGGAAAACUGCUAAUUUAAGGAUUUUUUUACUCUGUAGAUGGUGUCCCUUUCUCCUGAUCCCAGACCAGCUACCUAAAUGACAGCAUGAUCAUGUUUAUGUGUAAGGAAUAGUUGAUGGCGGGCCGUUGAGUUGUUAGAGUAAUAUGUGCAUUAGUGUACGUUAUAUUCUAAUAAUUCAACAGACAGGAGUCAAUUAUUCUGCUUAUACUAUGGUUUCCGCACCUAAAGAUACUGUUUUUCAGGCACCUUACUUACUUUUGAACCCAAAAGUAGAUAUUUUGAAGAAUGUUCAUCCAUAGUAGGAAAAAUAAAUACUAUGGAAGUCAAUGGUUACAGGUUACCAAGAUUCUUCAUAAUAUCGGCGAAUAAACAGACUAUGUGAACAGAGCAAAGAGUGGAGCGGUGUAAUUUUCGUAGAGCUCGGAGUGGAUUUUUUUAAAGCCAGAGAGUCUGCACUGUAAUCUGCAUCUGUUCAUUUACAGUUUGCAUAUUUUUGUGCUUCACAAAUGUUUUCCAUUUAUUUGUGGUUGUGAAUUGCAUUAUGGGAUGUUAAUCUCUGCUCUGUCAACUUUUUAUGUUAAAAAUUCAACUCUACAGUUUAACAAAGUGACUUUUGUUGAUGUUUUAGUAGUUUGAAAUAUUAUAAUGAAUAAGAAAUAAUAUAGAAAGAAAUAAGUCUGUAAAAUAGCAGAAAUGUACUCCCAGUUCAUUACAAGGUUUUGUAGCCGAAUAUACAACACCAACCCAGACGAUUUAUCACUUUAAACUAUUAAAAAUGUUCAUAAAAGUCACUUUUUUUUAACUUUUCAGUGUUAAAAGUUGUUGGAAGAAAGAUCAAGCUCCCAUAAUGAAAUUUAAAAGCAUAAAUAAUUUAGGAAAAAUAAAAACAUAAAUCACUAAAUAUGGAAAAACGGCUAUUUUUUUUUACCGUGUAUAGAUAGUGUCCCUUUCUCCUGAUCCCGGACCAGCUAAACUAAAUGACAGCAUGAUCAUGUUUAUGUGUAUUAUUUAUAUUUUCAGUGUUGGUGGUAAUGUAUCACAAGUAACGCGAGUUAAGUAAUAUUACCUUUGUAAGUGAUGAGUAAAGUAAUGAAUUACUUUUAACGAAUUAGCUUUAAAAAAUAAAUGGUCACAUUGUUAUUUUGAUGGUCUGUUUGUUGAAUUUAAGUUACAUUACGUCUACAUGCCAACUAAUUCUCAUUAGAUUAUAAAUAGACUGUUAGGUUGGGGUUAGUGUAAGUAGACAUGUACUUGCAAAGUUUCUUAUAGUCUGUUGAAGGAGCAAUAUCAGCAGAUAUUAAGCAGACAGUCUAUUAAUACUCAAAUGGACCAUCAAAAUAAAGCGUUACGAAAUAAAUUGCUGAAUUAAAAUAAACAUAGUCACGUUGAAUUCCGCACGCAAUUAGAGAAUUUGCUCACAAACAACAGAAACGAAGAUGGCAGUCAGUUUCUGCGACGGAAGUAUUCUCAUUAUUUUUAAUGCAUCAAAGAAAAGGGAACGAGAAUGAUCUCAAUGGACGUUGAUUUUACUUAACUAAUAAGACAAAAAGUACAAAAGUAGCUAACACAUUGCUUUAAACUUACAGUAAUCUGUAUAUACGGCAUGUAUAGAGCUCAGGAAGUUCUCAGAAGAUAACAUUAUCCUAAAUUAUUAGUUUUGUGAUGUGUUUUUUAAGGGUCAAUGAAGAUUAUACGAUUGUGUUGUUAAUUGCAGAGCUUUUCUAAUAAAGAAUUGAACAAAAAUAAAAUGGAAAGUCCUGAAAGAGAUCAAGUCCCAGUAAGAAUAAGUAAUUCAAAAGUAACUCAAAAGUAACGUAACGCAUUACCUACCAUAAAAAGUAAUUAAGGAAUGCAACUAGUUACAUUUUAGGAGAGUAACUCAAUAUUGUAAUGCAUUACUUCCAAAAGUAACUUUCCCCAAUAGCUAUUUUUGACUGUUGUAGAUGUGAAAUCAUUCAGCGUAGUGAUAUGGAACUGCAAUGCAAUUCAAAAGCUGCUGAAACUACUUUAGAAGUGUGGUUCCAUGAAAAUAAUAGAAUACGUUAGAAUGUUCAUCAACCAAUCCGAAUCAAGCUUUUAAUAGUCCCACAGUAUAAACAAGUGACAUUCUAUACCAGUAAAAAAUGUUUAGAAAAACCCAAGCUGCUCUGUGAUCAGGUUAAACUCAGCUUCUAGAGGACCGUAGAUCUGCACAGUUUAGUUCCAACCCUGAUUAAACACACCUGCUUGAACUAAUUUAGUCCUUCAGGUUUGUUUUAAACCUACAGGUAAGUGUGUUGGAGUAGAGUUGGAACUAAACUGCUGGUCUGCAGCCUUCCAGGAGCUGAGUUUGACACCCCAGGUCUACCACAUGAAAUCUUCUGAACUACAGAUUGGUGCUUUGUUGUGGAUCAGUCAUAGUUUGCCUUAUAUAAUGUUAACUUUUUGCCUUUUUUAGAUUUCUCAAACUUUGAUAUAAUUGGGGUUAAAUAUCAGAAUCUACUGAAUCAGACAAUUGAAUGAACAGCUCAAUACAAAGGUGCUAAAAGCAUUAAAUUGUUUUGUUACUGUUAUGAAGUUUGGUCCAGUUGUCCAUUUAUGACAUUGUAUUCUUUAUGGUCAUUCAGCAACAUGUAGUUUAAUUGCUCAGAAACAGAUGGUCAGAUUAUACAGAACUUGGGCAAUGUAAGAUGGAUGUUGACAUCUAUGCUAAGUAAUGUUGAGGUAAAGAAUGAAAGCAUUUGAGCAUGUUCAGACUUCUGAUCUUUUCGGUCUUGCUUGCAUACAGUAUGUUUUUAUUCCUCACAUCAAUAACAUACUGUUUCAUCAGCUAUAAUAUUUCUUGCCAGCUUGCAUAAAUAUAUAAUAAUUUUUAUGUCACAAAAAAAGCUAAAAACAAAUGGCACUUCCUUGGUAAGUUCAAUAUUUCAUUGUUAUUAUUAGUAGUAUUUUUAUUAUGUAAAACAGUAUGGACAAUGUUAAUUUAGAGCCUAAAGGGAUAGUUGACUAAUUAAAAAAAGAACAAAAAAAUCUGUAAUUUACUUAGCCUUUACUUGUUACAAACUAGUUGAAGUUGUUUUGCAUAAGAAAAAAAGAAGAUAUUUUGAAGAAUGCUGUAAACUAUUGACAUCUAUAGGAAAAACAAUUACUAUGGAAGUAAAUGGUUUCCAACAUUUUACGAAAUAUCUUCUUUUGACAGAAAACAGAAAUCUAAGUCAAGGCAAAUCAAUUGACAGAUUUUUCAUUUUUAUGUAAACUAUCCCUUUCACAAUAUGUUAAAUGAUUCCAUUGGGCAAUGGCAUUGUUCUAUCACAGAGUUCAUCCAAGAAUACACUAAAAUUGUCAUAGUACAUGUUCAAAUGAUAUCAUAUCCAAGAGCAGCAUGGCACUAUUUGACUAUUGUCUUCUGACUUCUGUAAAGCUGUAGGCUACCUACUGCAUUCUGAAUGUAAAACAUAUCUUUUAUUAAUAAACACUGGUCUGUCCUCUGGUAUUGA